AUGAAGGGACAGAAAAUAACAUUUCUUCUCAUCUAUAUAUUUCACACAGCUGCUAGACUUUGGGGUAGGUUAUUGUUCUAUUCACAUAUAACAGUAACAGGGCUGUUUUCCAAGGAUUGCAUCCUCCCUUGUGCUUUCACUCCUGAGAAUGAUGAAGUAAUUCACUGGAUGAAAGGGAACAAAAAUGUGCACAGCUACUACCACCAGAGUGAUCAGCUGAAAGACCAAGAUUCAGAUUACAGAGGGCGAACACACCUUUCCCACCAGAACAUUCCCAGUGGAGAUGCCUCCUUGAAACUUAGUAACUUGACUGUGACUGAUGAGGGCCUUUAUACUUGCUAUGUGGGAACAAAGAGAACUAAAGCAGAAGUGAACGUCAUGCUGCACGUGAGAGUUUCCUCAUAUUAUGCACUGGAAUACCAAAGCACAGAAAAGGUGCUGAAAUGCUAUGCCUUUCUCACUUAUCCAGUACCACGUAUAUCCUGGAUGCAAGGCAAUACAACUGUCCAAGAAACACAUCAGGAGAAAAACAGGGUUGGAGUUCUCUAUUCUCUUAGAAGUGAAAAAAACAUCACAAACACAACUUAUCCGUACUCCUGUCAUAUUAGUCUCCCUCAUGAAGAGUGGAAGGCUGAAUGGAAGAUGCAAGACCAAGCUACACGCGUGAAAGGAAGUAGCGCUGUAAUUCCUUGCAAAACCAGCAAUAACGCUGCAAAUACUGAAGGUUCCAGUGUUGUCUGGAAAAAUAAAAAUGGAGAGAUCCUGGCCUUCUUCAAUGGUACAUCUCACUCUUACCAGCCCAAAUCUGGAGCCCAAAUAAACAAAACUGACUUUUCGUUAAUGCUACGUGAUCUUACUGCAAGUGACAGUGGAGAAUACCUCUGUAAUAUUUCAACACCUCACUACACAAAACUUACUGUGACAACUUUGCAAGUUGAAAAUUCAAGUAACACCCGGACUGCUGUGUUAGGAGUGAUCAUUCUAGUGUUACUCGCUGUAGUCAGUUUCUGAAUCAAGGAUCCUACCAAAUGGUGGAGGCAACUAUGACUCAGCAAGAAAUCCUACCUCUGACACCACAUGACAAGCAGCAAUGCAACAUUCAUGUUACUGUUCCAGACCCUGACAAUCCUG